AUGGCUUACAGGGGUGUUGGUGUUCGCUUAGCCACGGAGGGCGACCUGCUCCAGAUCCAGCGGAUCUUUGAACAUUGGGUGCUGAAGACUUCCGUCUCCUGCCUGAUUCAAAAGCCCCCGUUCAGGCUUAUCGAAUACCGCUACAAGGAAUGCGUUGAUCGGAAGCUUCCCUAUAUGGUAGCAUGCGAUCUCGAUGACCACGACCAUGUUGUCGGUUAUGCAUACGCGUCACCCUUCCGUGGGUCCAGCAUGGGAUACGGUCACACUGUUGAAAUCAGCCUCUAUGUUCAUCCACAGCACACGAAUAACGGUAUUGGGAGCAGAUUGAUCGAGCGGCUUCUCGACGCACUCCGUUUCACUAGACACAUUGCCUGGGAGUUAGGUCAUGAGUUUGAUGCGAAGGUGUAUCCAGUGAGAAAGGUGAUGGCUAUCAUGGCUGUUGACGAGACUGUUCCCGAUCAGGGUAUUCGGUUGCGAAACUGGUACCUGAAACGGGGUUUCGAGGAGGUGGGAAGACUCAAAGCUGUUGCUUUCAAGAGAGGCAGAAUGUAA